AUGCCGUCCUCGGUGGUCGAGCGGCUGUCGUCCCGGUAUGAUGAACUGCGCAAGGUCGAUGAUAGCAUCUCGCGGGUCUUGGACAACCUAUGGUUGUUGAUCAGUGGAACACUCUUGAUGUACAUGCACGUCGGCUUUGCUCUGGUAGAGACGGGCACUUGCCGAGCCGUCAGUGCUUCUGACACACUGGUCAAAAAUGUUCUGGGCCUAUGUGCUAGCACAGUUGGGUGGUGGUCCCUGGGUAGUGGACUGGCCAGAGGUGAGCUGCUCGGAGGCUUCUUGGGCACGAGCGGCUUCUUCGGAUCCAACUUAGUAAGGCCGAGCCCGACCGGGCUAACGGCUAUCUGGCCCUGUGCUGCCGGGAGCUGCCCUACUUCCCUGGCCGUCUGGUUCUUCGAUUGG